AUGGCCUCCCUUCCGAUCCUUCGUCUUGCUGCUCGCCCUGCUGCAUCCAGCCUGUGCAGACCCUGCACACGAACCAUCAGGAGAGCUCCUCUUGUAGCUCAAUCCGUUUCCGCGAAAUCAUCCUUCAGCUCGUCAGCUGCGCAACGAAGCUCAGGGCACGAAGAAGAGACGUUCGAGGAGUUCUCUGCCAGAUACGAGAAAGAGUUUGAUUCCGUGCAGGAUGUGUUUGAGCUGCAGCGAAACCUGAACAACGCCUUCGCCUACGAUCUCGUCCCCUCUCCCGGUGUCGUCACGGCAGCGUUGAAGGCCGCUCGACGUGUCAAUGACUUUCCCACUGCCGUCAGAAUAUUCGAAGGUAUCAAGGCCAAGGUCGAAAACACCCAACAGUACGAAGAAUAUCUCGAGGAACUGAAACCACUCCGUGAGGAGCUCGGCGUCAACUUGAAAGAGGAUCUGUACCCUGGCAAGAGCGACAGCCCUUAUACCUCAUAA